AGUGACGCCAUUUUGGACGCAAUUAUCGUCUGGAAACUGUAGCAGUAUCGAAAUAGAUGAAAUAAUGAUCUAGUGGAAAUAUACUGCACACAGCACAAUGUUUUAUGCUCAUUUUGUCUUGAGUAAGAAGGGUCCUUUGGCCCGAAUUUGGCUGGCUGCUCACUGGGACAAGAAGCUCACCAAAGCUCAUGUGUUUGAAACCAAUAUAGACAGCAGUGUGGAGGCAAUUAUGCAGCCUAAGGUCAAACUAGCACUGCGAACAUCAGGCCACUUGUUGCUGGGAGUGGUGAGAAUUUAUUCCCGUAAGGCUAAGUACUUGUUAGCUGACUGCAAUGAAGCCUUUGUGAAGAUUAAGAUGGCUUUCCGCCCUGGAGUGGUAGACUUACCAGAGGAGAACCGCGAGGCUGCGGUGGCUGCCAUCACACUACAGGAGAACUUCCAUGACUUUGACACCACUCUGGCUGAUCUCAAUGAUCUUGACAUGCAUGCUCAGUUUUCGGUCAAUCAGAGUCGCCCAGAAGACAUCACAAUGAGAGAGGAUCUCUCUAGUAUAGCCUUUGUGGGGGAUGAUGGAUUUGGAGAUGUUGGCUUUGAUGAUAGGGAGAUCCUAAGAGAUGACUCUGAAAUUGAUGACUCCUUGUAUACCAAUCGCAGCAGCAUUCGUCCGGUGGAAGCCGAGGAGAAAACUCUGAACGAGCACACGUCUGAGAAACCAAUGGAUGUGGAUUUGAAUCCAGUGGUGGAUAAUGACGACUUUGGAGGGGCAGUGGACGGGGGAUUCAUGGAUGAUGACCAUGAGCAUGAUGAUGAUGAUGAUGAUGAUGGAGGAUUUGGAGGUGGGGUUGAUCAGGAAUUCUUCGGCAAUGACUUUAUGAAUGGAGGAGGCUUGUUUGAGGAUGCUCCUUUACCAGUGGGAGAAGUCUCAAUGCCAGCUCCUCUGGAAGCUGAAAAGCCAGCAGAAGAUAAAGAUGCUCAGAAUAAUGAGACGACCAACACAACAUCAGCUACAGAGCCUACCAUGAUUCACAACGCCCCGGGCACGUCAGGGGAACAAACCACACUGAUCAACAAUGAGGAGGAAGCUUUCGCAUUACCUCCCUUAGAUGCUACACUCUUCCCUGGCGCUGAGAAGAAGAAGAGGAAAAGGAAACUGAUUGUUGAUGAACAGAAAGGGUUCCCUAGUGAGACAAUGAAGCUACAGUUGUCAGAUACCUCGGACAUCAUAACAACACUAGAUCUGGCCCCACCUACCAAAAAACUGAUGCACUGGAAGGAAACGGGAGGUGUAGAAAAGCUGUUUGGACUUCCAGGACGAGCCAUCAUAUCCAAAACUGCUUCUAAGUUGUUCUCUCGGAAUUUGAUCACUCGUCAAGUGAAGGAAGAAGAAGAGUCAGAUCAGGAUAAAUUAGAUCUAGAGGCUACUGAAAUUCUGAGGGAGGAACAAGAGAGAUCUGCAGCACCCAUUCAGGAAGUCAGUACUAUCAUAGAGGAACCAUCAGUUCUGGAGGAAUCCACGGCCAGCACUCGUUCAAAACGCCGGGAGAGGCCGUCCCUGAAAUCACCCAAACCCGUACCUACCCCUUCGCGGGAGCCUGACCUCUCACUGAACAACACAACAAAUCCACAGUUCUCCAACACCUUCACAGAGGCUCCGGUAGACUUACCUGGGGGACCACCUUCCCUGCUGAACCCUCAUCUGGAUCCCUACGAGACAGAGCCGCCCUCUAUUGCUCCGUUCUCUGUGCCCCCUCCCAGUGUCCCUCCCCAAUCUGUCCCCCCUCCCUCAGUACUGCCACACGAUGCACCGUCAUUCAACGUAGAAGCAGAGGUUGACAAUGACGCCAUGCCAGAAAAUGAAGAACAAGAGGAAAAGAGAUGGACAAAGAGAACUCAGUUAAUGCAGCAUUCACUGGAUGUAGCAUUUAGAUACAAGAACACUCUCAGCUUUAAAGAAAUGUCUAGAAACUUGAACAGAAAACAGGCAUGCUCAAAAUUCUAUACUCUGUUAGUUCUGAAGAAGUACCAGGCCAUAGAGGUUCAGCAGCCGCAGGAGUUUGGGGACAUUUAUAUAGACAAAGGUCCAAAGUUUGGGCUCAUCUGCUGAGGUCAUUCAUAUAUAUAGUAGUACUACAACACUUUAUCAUGUAUGUUGUGUGACUGGUCAGAAAGUACAUAUCUAUAAUGGUACAGUGACAUCAUUACUUAAAACCAUUUGUUGUCAAGUUUUUUUCUCUCUCAUUUUUCUACAGUUAUUGAACUUUUAUAUGAACAUAAACCAACAAUGUGAUAUUUUUGGAAUCUGUUUUCUUAAUUCAUUACCCUUUCAUCAAACCUUGUAUGGUUAGGUUUUUAAAUAUUUUAUUCAAGUUUAUUUUUUAUGUAAAAUAAUUAAUUGCAACAUAAUAAAAAAAAAAAAAUUUGAAGCUUACAAAAAAUCUGUGUACAUUAUACAGAGAAAGUGUUUUAGGAAACAUUCAUAAUGUAUAUUUUGACAAAUAAGUGUUAAGAGAUAUGAUUCAAUGUAAUGAUUUAGAUAAUUACAACUUGUCAUUAUAUUUAUUUUAAUGCAGUUGUAUAUGCGAUUAGGUUACAUUAACUUUGUACAAUUUCUGAUAGACAAUGCAUUGUUAGUGGACAUCAGUGGUGUGUUAUAGGCAAUGUCUGCCAGCACACUCCACACACACGAAGGCAGCUUCAUCUUGUCAGAGAGAUGGUUUUCCUCAUCAUCUCAUUUUAAUGUCUGUUUUAUUUGACCCAUGUUUUAAUCUGUAUGUAUUUUAUCUUGUCUAAUUUUAGAUGACAGUAAAUUUCUGUAUACAUGUAUAAAGUAAAUUCAAAGACUUCAAACAUCGCAUUGUGCAAUAAAUACUAAAAAUGCUGAUA